CAUCAUACUUUUGCGAAGAUGAAACUUAUAUGCAUUGGCUUGAGCAUUCUUGCUUGCGUCUGCGCGCAAGCUCCUUCUGCAGAAUACCUCCCCCCAGGAGCAGAUUAUAGCGGUUCUGCAAGCAAUGUCAUCGAGAAUAAUUUCUUGGACAGUGAACCGUACAAUACUUUAGCUGACGACGGUUAUCGUUAUAGGACUGUACGACGUUUCCGAUUGCGACACCGCCGAGAUGUUAAUGAAUUGUCGAGUGGCUACUUGCCACCUCAAGCUUCCGCGCCCGAACCAGCAUAUUCUGUUUCAUCACCUUAUGACAACUCAGGAGCUUACUCUGUGCAAGCUCCAGUUUAUACCGCGCCAAGUACAGUUUAUGAUGCCAGCUACGCUGCUGCUGCGUCAGAACCAGCGCACAUCGUCGCUGCUGAUGGAUAUCGGUACAAAACUGUGAAACGUUACCGUCUUCGCCAACGCCGUCGUCGCGAUGUUAGCGAACUUGCAAGUGGCUACCUACCUCCUCAAGCCUCUGCUCCUGAACCAACAUAUUCCGCACCAGUGUCUUACGAAAACUCAGGAGCUUACUCGGCACCAAAUCCAAUUUAUACAGCCCCAACUCCAGUUUAUGAUGCCACCUACGAUGCUGCUGCGUCAGAACCAGCACACAUCGUCGCCGCUGAUGGAUAUCGGUACAAAACUGUGAAAAGGUACCGUCUUCGCCAACGCCGUCGUCGCGAUGUUAGCGAACUUGCAAGUGGCUACCUACCUCCUCAAGCCUCUGCCCCUGAGCCAACAUAUUCGGCACCAGUGUUUUACGAAAACUCAGGAGCUUACUCGGCACCAAAUCCAAUUUAUACAGCCCCAACUCCAGUUUAUGAUGCCAGCUACGAUUCUGCUGCGUCAGAACCAGCACACAUCGUCGCCGCUGAUGGAUAUCGGUACAAAACUGUCAAACGUUACCGUCUUCGCCAACGCCGUCGUCGCGAUGUUAGCGAACUUGCAAGUGGCUACCUACCUCCUCAAGCCUCUGCCCCUGAGCCAACAUAUUCGGCGCCAGUGUCUUACGAAAACUCAGGAGCUUACUCGGCACCAAAUCCAGUUUAUACAGCCCCAACUCCAGUUUAUGAUGCCAGCUACGAUUCUGCUGCGUCAGAACCAGCACACAUCGUCGCCGCUGAUGGAUAUCGGUACAAAACUGUCAAACGUUACCGUCUUCGCCAACGCCGUCGUCGCGAUGUUAGCGAACUUGCAAGUGGCUACCUACCUCCUCAAGCCUCUGCCCCUGAGCCAACUUAUUCGGCGCCAGCGUCUUACGAAAAUGUGGGUGCUUAUUCCGCCCCGUCAUCUGUUUACUCUUCUCCUGUCCAAAACAACGAUCUGAGCUAUGACGUUGCUGCCUCAGCACCAGCGCACAGUCUAGCAUCUGAUGGUUACCGCUACAGGACUAUAAAGCGAUAUCGUUAUCGCCAUCGUCAUUAAACAAUUUAAGGUUCUCAUCUGCGCAUGCCAAAAUAAUAUAAAAGAAAAGGCGAAUGAACUACAAAAUGUGAAUAAAUUCAUUAUACCAUUUAA